AUGUCUUCGACCGAGGGCCCGAGUCGCGCAGCGGACAAGUCACCGCGCCAGCAGGUGGACCGUCUGCUGGUGGGCAUGCGCUGGAGGCGGCUGGAGGAGCCUCUGGGCUUCAUCAAAGUUCUCCAGUGGCUCUUUGCUAUUUUCGCCUUCGGGUCCUGCGGCUCCUACAGCGGGGAGACAGGAGCAACAGUUCGCUGCAACAACGAAGCCAAGGAUGUGAGCUCCAUCAUUGUUUUGUUCGGCUAUCCCUUCAGGUUGAACCGGGUCCAGUAUGAGAUGCCCCUCUGCGAUGAUGACUCCACCUCCAAGACUAUGCACCUGAUGGGGGAUUUCUCUGCUCCCGCUGAGUUCUUUGUGACCCUGGGCAUCUUUUCCUUCUUCUACACCAUGGCUGCACUAGUUGUCUACCUGCGCUUCCACAACCUCUACGCAGAGAACAAGCGUUUCCCCCUGGUGGACUUCUGUGUGACUGUCUCCUUCACCUUCUUCUGGCUGGUAGCUGCAGCGGCCUGGGGCAAGGGCUUGACAGACAUCAAGGGGGCCACACGGCCAUCCAGCCUGACCGCAGCCAUGUCUGUGUGCCAUGGAGAGGAAGCAGUGUGCAGCGCUGGGGCCACACCCUCCAUGGGACUGGCCAACAUCUCUGUGCUCUUCGGCUUUAUCAACUUCUUCCUGUGGGCCGGAAACUGUUGGUUUGUGUUCAAGGAGACCCCGUGGCAUGGGCAGGGCCAGGACCAGGACCAGGGCCAGGGCCCCAGCCAGGAGAGCGCAGCUGAGCAGGGAGCGGUGGAGAAGCAGUAAGCAGCUCCCACCUGGCUACUCCCGAACAGGACAGCACCUCUUCAACCACCUCCAGCUUCCAGGACCUCCCUCUUCCUCCUUCUCCAACUCCCCUCCUCCAUCAUUCUGGGCUUUGAGCUUUGAGACGUCGUCGAUGGAUGGGCAGGCAUCAGCUGUCAGAAACCCCGGCGGCCCUACCAGUGGCUUCCUAUCUCUCCUCUUGCUGGAGCCUCGGAUGGCAGGAGCUCAGUGCUUCUUGUCUACGGCCUGGACCCCAACAUUUUGCUUGGGGUCUUCCUCGUCCACUUACAGCCUCCCGUUGCAGGCAAGGGUUGGGGGCAGGAGACUGGUUCCUAGCAGCCACUUCUAUCAACCUGUCAGCUUCAAUAAAAGUGGGGGGAGGGGAAAUUGGCUGGCAGCCUUCUUCCUGGUCCCUUGCAUGAAGGGCCCACCAGUGGUUUAGUGACCCCUCUUCAAUGGUUGUUAUCUAAGCCUUGUGUCUGCCCUGAUCUCCAGUCAGCCUGAGCCUGGUAUGCUUCCCACUUUUUCCUCUGGCAUCUGCUUGCCCACAGAGCCUACCAUGUGGGAACCCAGGGGGCCAACUAGUCUAGAAGACAGCCCUGUAGGGGCUCUUGAUGAGGCCCAGACUCAAUGGGGAGCAGAUAUAUUGCAACUGGGUUGCAACUUCAAGAAACUGAAGCCAGGAAACUUGCUGGGGAAGCAGUUUCUUCUAUUCCCUUAGCCCUCCCACCCCUCCAGGCUGGUGCACCUUCCACCAAUAGUAAACUUGUACUUGCCUUAGAAACCCCUGACCUUCUUCCCUGUCCUCCUUCUUGGGCUUAGUCUCACACAGGGGACACUAGAUGAGGGGUCUAGGAGCAACUCCCUUUUAGCCCUCUCUGCCUCCAACCUCUCUGUCCAUCUCCUUUCCCCAAUCUCUUUGGUCUGAGGCAUUCAAGAUCCUUUUCCAUGUCUGUCCAGGCUUUCCUCUCAUUCCUAUGGGGCCAUAUAGGGGCUUUGGAAGGGCCCAGAGGACCACCAUGAGGCUAAGUUGCCCCAGAGCCCCAGGACAUGGAUGGAUGGGCCUAUUUCUUCCUCAUUCUCUGCUCGUUUCCCCCAAACCCCCAACUCCUUCUGUGGCCCCUCUUUCAUACUCCCCUAUCUCACCUUUAUGAAAGGACACACCCUCUCGGUUUGCCCUCUGUUCCUCCCCUGCUUCCUCAUUUCUCCCAGGCUCUAUCCCUCCCCACCCAAACCCCCAGUCCAGG